UUCUAUUACUAAUUUGCUCGAGGAACAGUGAAGUAUACGUAUCAAUUCAUACCAAGUCAUGUAACCAAGAAAUGAGAUAAUUAUAGAACAGAUAUCGAGCUGUUCUAUGUCAAGUACAUUGGAAACAGCCUUCUCCUCUGCUAUAAAUAGUUUAUUGCAGGAUAUCUCUACCCUUCUUUCCUUCAUUCGGUUGCUCUAUUGGAGAUUUGAUCUUUCUCCUCUUUCCAGCUAAGUAUUUCUUGUUCCUUUCCUAAUAUUGGAGCAAGUUUGGUUCAUUUCUCUGUAUUUUGUCGCCUUAUUCUGACCUUUUCCUGGCUAAUAUAAGGUGGAAUCCUUGUUUGAGCAGCAAUCCUGCUUCAAAAUCUGAUCUUUUGCUGGUAGUUUUGGCUUCUCGGUUGUUUUCUUCAACCCUCGAAUCCCAAAAUCGGAUCUUGGGAUCCGCCUCCGGAGGUGAAUCGCUUGUUUGGAGCAUGUAAGAUCGCGUAGUCUUGAGCUUUGAGAUCGCUUCUUCUUGCUCUCUCCGAUCGAGGAAUUCAUUCAUUGGAUUUAGGCUUCUGAUCUUUUAGAAAGAUUUUGUUCGUAGACUCAAUGUUCACCGAUAAAACCAUCUUUUAGAGUAUGAAUCUCGCUACUCGCCCGCAUCUGCUUCCUCCACUCCUCCUCGGCGCAUUCCUCUACUGGUUCUACGUCUUCUCAUAACCUAAAUCUCGUUUCCUGAGCCAGUCCUUUCGAGGAAGGACUCUCUUGUUCCAAUUUAUGAUCGACUAGCGUGGAAUGCAUUCCCCCUGCAGUAAGAGUAUGCCUUCCUACGCAAUCUACCGACCUUCGGCAUCUGAAGUUGACGCACAGCCUGCCAUUGACGAAAGGAAGCGAAAGAGGAUGAUCUCCAACCGGGAGUCGGCGCGGAGGUCCCGGAUGAGGAAGCAACAACAAUUGGAUGAUCUGACGAACCAAGUAGCGCAGCUCAAGACCCAAAAUGGCCAGAUCGAGAUGCAGAUCAGUCUGCAAAGGCGGCAAUACACGACGGUGGAGGUUGAGAACGCCAUCCUGCGAGCUCAACUGCAUGAAUUGACGCAGAGGCUGCAGUCGCUGGCCCCAGUGCUUGGAAUCACAGAGGAGAUUGGUGGGAUGGCAAUGGGAAGACCGGAGAUUCCUGCUCAUCUCCUCCGGCCAUGGCAGCUUCCCUACUCCGAGCGAGUGAUCGUGGCGACUGACAACAUGCUCCCGUUCUAACUCAUCCGCCUUUCCAUCGCUUGUCGUUUCUGCUCGUCGAACCAAAUCUAGAUUAAUCUUUUUGACCGUACCACAACACUGCCUUCCUAUAUGAUCGUAUCAGAUGUUUAGAUGACAUUUUUCGUCCUAAUAUUAUCGAAUUAUUGCUCAUCUUUUAGCCAGCAUGAAUCCUGGUCGA